AAGCUUAAGCCUGAACCAGAAGCCGAAGGGAAGGAGAAGUUUCCGGAAAGCCGGGCAGAAAAACCAGAGAGGGUUUAUCCAGAGCCGCCACCAGCAUCCACGCUUAGCCCCCCCACCUCCAACACCACGGUGACCAACACCUCCGACCUAAACGACUCACGAGAAAUCAACUUUGAGUAUCUCAAACACGUCGUACUCAAAUUUAUGUCAUGUAGAGAGGCUGAGGCAUUCCAGUUGAUACGCGCUGUGUCUGUGCUGCUGAACUUCUCUCGUGAGGAAGAGGACAUGUUGAAACAAACUCUGGAGUACAAGAUGUCCUGGUUUGGAUCAAAGCCUUCUCCGAAGGGUGCCAUCCGGCCUUCAAUCUCAGGCUCUUCAACGAACUGGAGCUGAGUAGCAGCAGCAAAGAUUGAAGCUGUGGAGAGUAAGAAACCGAAGGAGGGAAAAUAUUUCUGCUCGGGCUCCCAUCACUGAGCAGCUCUAGCUUUAAACUCUGAACAGCCUCUCUUGGUUUUCUGGCUCUGUGAGGGAAGGACUGUUCAUCUGCUCCGGUGGGACAGAGAAGGGCUGCACAGGAUGUUCUUCAUCAAUUGUUGAUUUUUAAAUGACAUUAUUUCCUUCUCAUUGGUUGGGGCCGAUGGACCUGUGGCCAUAUGUUACAGAGAGUAAACUGACACACAUCA